UCAUGUGUCUUUGAUUUCGUUUGUUUACAACAAAUAAAUAAGAAAAUACUAAUAUAAUAUAAUACUAAAUUUAAUAUCAUAAGUCAUUAAAAACACUCUUCAGUGUCAACAUAAGAAAUGUUUGCAAAUGAAAGCAUCUUUAUGAAUAAAUAAAAUUAGAAGAGUUUUAAUAAAAUACACUGAGGCAGCAACUAAUCAAAAUAACUGUGAUUAAGUUUUGAAUAAUUCAUCAUGUCUAUGAUUGAGAAGAUGUCUAUAACAGGCAUCCGGAGUUUUGGGCCAGAUGAUCGUCAGGUGAUUGAGUUUUUCCGACCUCUUACAUUGAUCCUUGGACCAAAUGGCUGUGGUAAAACGACUUUAAUUGAAUGUUUGCGUUAUGUGACUACUGGUGAUAUGCCUCCUAAUAGUGAUAGAGGUGGAUCAUUUGUUCAUGAUCCUAAAUUUGCCGGUGAACAGGAAGUAAAGGCUCAGGUCAAAUUACAAUUUAAGGAUGUUCUGGGUAAGAAAGUCGUUGUCACAAGAUCCUUAAUGGUGACACAAUCCGUGAAAAAAUUGACUUUGAAAACUCUAGAAGGCACUGUAAAACGUUAUGGUCCUCAUGGUGAAAAAACUGAAUUAAGUACAAGAUGUGCAGAAAUUGAUGCAGAAAUGAUUGGGUUUCUAGGAGUUUCCAAAGCAAUUUUGAAUCAUGUCAUUUUUUGCCAUCAAGAGGAAUCCAAUUGGCCUCUGAGUGAAGGGAAAGCUUUAAAACAAAGGUUUGAUGAGAUAUUUGCUGCCACCCGUUACAUAAAAGCAUUAGAAGAGAUUCGUAAGAAAAGAAAUGAAAUGACAGGUGAAAUUAAAAUAUAUCAAACACAAGUUGAUUCAUUGGUAAAUAAUAAAAGAAAAGCAGAAGAAUUUCAAAGAGAUUUGGAAUCCAAUGAAUCACGUCUUUCUGCAUGUAGAGACUCCAUCCAAGAACUUGAGAGAAAACUUCAGCCUAUUUCUGAAAAGUUACUGGAUAUCAAAGCUAAACAAGAUAAGAUAGGAAACUUACAAGGGCAACUUGAUAAAAGUUUGGAACUUAUAAAGAAGUAUGAAAAAGAUGAAAGAGAUUUGAGAAAAUCUAUUGGAGAUAGUUUAUUUGAAGGAUCUAAAGAAGAUCUUGAGGAAGAAAUGCAGAAUUUCAAUGCUUUUGUAUCUCAGAAGAGGAAAAAGCUUGAAAAGCUUCAGCAAGAAAUGUCAAAUCUUCAAAAGAAGUACCAAAAUGAUCAAAAACUCAAGGCUAAACUUUUAGAAGAAUUGGGUAAACUGAAAUCAGAAAAUGAGCGCUUCAAGCAAAAUGUAUCUCUCCGAGAUUCUAAACUUAGAGUUUUGCGUAAGAAAUUGGGCUUGGGAGAUCUUGGUUUUGAUGAAGAUGAACCUCUUGAAGAUUCUCAAGUUCAAAAUGUAAUGAGGAAUUUAAGGCAACGCAACAGUGCCACACAAAGUGAAUUUCAAAAUUGCAAGCUCAAACAUGAGUCAAAUGAGAAUCGUCUUCAAAAUUUAAUCCAAUCUACAUGUAUGGAGAAAGCUCAAAAGCAAAUGCAGUUGUCUAACAAUAAUCAACAAAUGGCUAAGAAUAAAACAACUUUGCGCAAUAUUAAUGAUGAAUUAAAUCGUCUGGAUUCAUUAGCAAAUCUUCAAGAUACUGUUGAAAAAGAACUUCAGGAACAUGAAGAAGAAUUGAAAAAUGUAGAAAAUUCUAUCAAUGUUGAUGAUCUUCGUCAAAAUUUAUCAUCAAAGCAACGAAAGAGAGAAGAAUAUGAACAACAACUAACAGCAUUAAACCAGGAGAUGAAUACUCUUCAAAAAGAAAGUAAAAUACGCCAUGAAAUUGAUUUAGUAAAUAAAGAUAUUAAUACCAAACAAGAAGCCAUUGAUAAAGUGAAUUCUCGAAACAAAGAUACACUUUUACAUCUUCUUGGUCAACUACCAGAACAGGGUGUUUGUGAUAAAGUUACCACAUUAGUGAACAAUUUAAAUAAAAAAGUUGAUGAGUUGAAUAAAAGUCUAGAGAAGGAGCGCUCUAAUUUAUCUUCUCUGAAAACAACAGAGAAAUUUCACUCGAAUCAACUUGCAGCUAAGAAAGAACUACUUGUCUCCAAUCAGAACAAAAUAUUUGAUGUUUGUGGUAGUCAAAAUUUUGAAUAUAGUUGUGAUACUUUAAAAACAACCAUUAAGGGUCUACAAGAUGAGAAAGGAGCUUUGACUGGAAGUUUGUACCUCUUCAACAAGUACAUUGAAAAACUAAAGAAACCAAGGCCUUGUUGUCCUUUAUGUAGUAGGUCCUUCCAACAAGUAAAUGAAGCUCAAGCUCUAAUAAGUGAACUGCAAAAGAAGCUACAAACUGUCCCUAGUGCUCUAGAAGAAAAAACAAAGUUGAUUACAGAGAAAGAAAAAUUGUUGAAUAAGAUGGUGGAAUUGAAACCUGUGAAGGAAGCAAUUUCAACUCUAUUAGAAAAAGAGAUUCCUGAAUUAGAGCAUAAAUUAGAGGCAGCUACAGAGGACAUAUCAAAAUCAUCUGCCAAAAUUUCUGAGACGGAAGAAGUACUGGAUAAUAUUUGUAGUGAUAUGAAAACAGCUUCAGCUCUUUUACCAGAUUUAUAUCUGCUUGACCAAAACCAGAAUGAGAUGAAAGCAUUAGAAAGACGCCUUUCCAAAUUGAAGAUGCAAAUUGGUGGAAAAGACAUUUCUAGAAAUUUUCAACAAGUGACUGAGGAACAGAAUGCUCUGCAGACUCAAAUAAAAAUAUUAAACCGUGACAUUGAAAAGAUUCAACAGAAAAUUAAUAACCAUAUUGAAGAAGUGCAACAGCUGAAAGGAAGAAUCAAUGACCUAAAAUCUGAGAAAAAUAAAAUGUGCAGUGACAUGCAAAAAAAAUCUACUCUUAUAGAACAGUCUGAAAACAUAACAAAAGAAAAUGCAGGACUUGUUGAAGCUACAAAAGAAAUAAAAGCUGAAAUUGCAAAAUUAGAGGUAAAGAUCAAGGAAUUGAAUAAAGAGAAAGAAAAUGCCACAAAGUCCAAGGAAAGUGAAUUGGAGAAAUUGACCACAAAAAUCAGGGAAGAAGAACGAGAAACUGAGAGCAUUGAAAAGAUAUCCCAUGAAAUCGAACAGUAUGUCUUAGCUAAUAAAGAAGCAGAAUUAGUAGAACAUGAGGAAAGAAUUGAAAAAAUAACUUCUCAAAUUGAAUCCAAGAGGGAAGAAUUAAGCAGCAUGAGCAAAACAGAAAAAGAACUCCACCAAGACAUUAAUUCUCAAGAGUUAAAAUUUCGAAACUUGGAAGAUAACAGAAAGCUUAUUGAAAUCAUUGAGUUGAUCAGCCAAAUGAAUUCUGAAUGUCAGAAAUUAAAAGAUAAAAUUGGUGGUUAUGACAUCAGAUCUUUACAUAGUGACUUAGAGCGUCUGAAUCAGGAAGCGAAAAGAAUUACAAGAGAAAGAGAUGAAGCAAGUAUACGUGAGACAGAGUUCAAAGUGAAAAUUAGAGAAUGCAGGAAGCAGCUUCAAGAUGAGAUGUUUAAGGAUGCUGAGAAGAAGCAUAAAGACAAAUGCAUAGAGUUAAGGACCACUCAAUUGGCUUGUGAUGAUUUGAACAAGUAUUAUGUAGCCCUAAAUAAAGCCAUUAUGAAUUACCAUCAGUUAAAGAUGAAAGAAAUAAACAAAAUCAUUAAAGAUUUGUGGAUAAGGACAUAUGCUGGAAAUGAUAUUGAUUACAUUGAGAUACAGUCAGAUGAAGAUGGAGACCGUGGAAUAGAAAAGACUCGAAGGACUUUUAAUUAUCGUGUGGUGAUGUUCAAAGGAGAUACACCCACUGACAUGAGAGGGCGAUGCAGUGCUGGUCAAAAGGUUUUAGCAUCCCUUAUCAUUCGAUUAGCCUUAGCUGAGACUUUCUGUUUAAACUGUGGGAUUUUAGCACUAGACGAACCCACUACAAAUCUUGACCGUGAAAACAUCUCAAAGCUUGCUCGAGCUCUUGUGGACAUUGUACAAUCACGCUCAGAGCAGCGAAAUUUCCAGUUGAUUAUUAUCACUCAUGAUGAAGAUUUCAUCGAACUUUUAGGUAGAUCAGAGACAGUGGACUACUUUUACAAAGUUUCAAAAGACAAUAAUGCCCAUUCCAAGAUAUCUAAGCUAUACAUAUCUGAUAUUCCAUGAACUGCAUUACCAUUGUAUAUAACAAAUAUGUUUGUCUUGUAUUUUCAUAUAUAUUUGUGUUUGUCUUAAUGCAUCUGUAAAGUUAUAUUUUUGUUGAAUAAAAUUUGGAAUGCUUCUU